AUGGUCGCUCUCCUGCGUCUGAUACCAGCAUUGAUGCUGGCAGCUUCUGGGAUCAUUGCGGCGCCUGUCACGACUCGGACCGAGAUAUCUGAGGUGUCUCCUUCGAACAAACCCACAGCUCAUGUAAAAGUUGCGGCAUCGUCUUUGUGGAACAAACAAGUCGAUUCGAUCGAGGUCCGACAGGAUGGCGAUUUCGAUCUGAGCCAACUUGACCCCAGUAUGUGGAACGGCGGCUCGGUCCAAGUGAAGAAUAAAUCCGACUCGUUGUGGGAUAGCCUCUUCAACUGGUGGAAUAAGCGUAGCCUCGAUACCACUUUGCGUCAACGAAGUGAAGGCGCUGGAGCUGGGAGUAUCGAGGGGCCGCUUUCCGAGCGAUCGAUAUGGGCACGUCAAGACGAUGCUCCGCUGAGCGAAGAGCAGCCAGAAGGCAACGGUCUUCCUGGAAACGCUUACAAUGGUUCCGCAGAAGUAAAGGUGAAGGCUUUCUCGAUUUGGAACCCCUGGACUUGGUGGGGUUGA